CCGGUGGUGUGUAAAGGCGAGAGCUUUAUUUUUUCUCUCUUCGGCGGGAGAAAAUGGCGACAAUGGAAGAGUCAGAUAAUGCGAAGGCUUUGAAGAAAGCUUACGCGGAUAUGAUUCUUAACACGGCGAAGGAAUCAUCGGCUAGGGUUAUGGUUUCCGACAGAAGAACAGCUCGGUUUCACUACGAUCUUUGCGGAACUAAAGACGAAGCUCUUCGUUUACUUGUCCGACUGAAACAGAUGAUUGCUGCUAAGACAAUUGAAGCAGAGAUUACGUCAUCAAACCAGCAAACAAAGAUUGAUGUGCUUGAAGUUCAGUUACAAGAGGCUGAAGAUAUUAUUACUGAUUUGAGGUCAGAGUUGAGAUGGGUCAGAGACAAAUUGAAGAAAGCUAAGAAUGUAGUUAACAAGGAACAAGAGACCAUUUCUGCUCAGAAGAUUGCUGAUCUAGAGGUUGUUGUUGGAAGUGUGCAUCCUAAUAAAGACAUUAGUGGAUCUCUUCCGAAUCAGAUCUCAUUGCAUGAUGAUGAAUGUGGUGGUAAUGGAACCGUUUCCGCUCCACAAGUUAUUGUAAGUUUGCAUACUAAUCAAGAGGAUGGAGAUAUGAGUGACUCUCUUUUGAAUCAGAGCUCAUUGUUUGAUGAUGAAUGUGGAAAUGUCGGAAUGCAGUUUGACAGGUUGUGUGUUGAAACUUUAAAGGCUUGUGAGUCUGGAUUGGAUGCGAAUAUCAGGAGCCAAAAGCUUGAGCUGUCUCGAACUGGUUGUACACAGAGGAUCCAUGCUUUAGAGACGAAAACAUCUUCUGCUAAUGAAGAAGAGCGACACACAGCUGACAAAGAUAGUGAGAAAAACUUAAGCUCAGGACAUGAAACUGGCACCAGGGCGAACACAAGAUGUCUUGUUCUUGCUCUUAGAGCCAGGAAUGCAGAGGUGAUACCAAUAAAGCCAUCAAAUUCACUAGGAAUCAAGAAGUCUUACAAAUUACAAGGAAGGAAAAAGACGAGGUGGAGCAAACGAAAAGCUACACUAGGUAGGUCUCAAAGUCAGCUUAUAAAACCUUGUAAAUCUCAGUGUGAUAUUCCCUGUUCCAAGACAUCAGUGGAAAAUUCAGAUUGCGAAGAUUCCCUGGAUACGGAUCUGUCAGUAGACAAUGAGGAGGUUGAUGCUCUUAAUUCUUGUAAAGGAUUUGAUGAACAUUUACACGUUAAUGAUAUCAGUAUCAUCUGUAAAGGGAAAAGAAGCAACAAUGUGGAUCAUUGGGGUGGUUUAUCUUCCCCUGUAAAUCCUACGGAUCAUUUGGUAGAGGCCUAUCAUGAAUCUAAUGUAGUCUCUGUUAGUGUUGAGGAUGGUGAAAGUAAGGCACAUAUACCUAAAAAUGAGACUAAGAUGAAGCCGCUUCCUUGUUUGGAUCCUGGGUUAACUUCAUUUAAAUGCAAUGUGGAUCCAACUUCAGGAUCCACAAAUGCUACUGUCGUCAGUGUGAAUGCAACAAAUAGUUCAACAGAUAAAGACCUGAAAUCAAGAGAAGAAGAUGUGUUGGUAAGAUGUGAAGGGGAAAAAAAUAGUGUGGUUCCAACUACCAAAAUGGGCUCUGAGUUGGUCAAUCCUCGUUCUGACUUGAAAGCUACUGCAGUGAUAUCAGAUCAAAUCAGUGAGUCUCGGAAAGCUGACAGAAAUCACCUUGUGAAGUAUACAUUCCAAAGGAAACGAAAAAGGAAUCUUUAAACCAAAACGAUGACAAUUAUUCUCCAUGGAAGAGAAAGAAGACAAUGCACAAGAUCCGGUUAAAUCAUCUAAGAGUAACCACACAAUUAGGUGAGUAAAUAUCCAUUCAUGUUUCACAGUCUUGCUAUUAGAAACACAAUAUCUGAUAUGACAUUGCUUUUAAUUGUUAGCACUCACAACAUUUGUUCAGUUAGUGCUGCUCUUUUGGCCAUGUGCAGUUUAUUUCCUUGUCUGAAAACUGAUGGUAUAGUAGUAUAGCUCUGUUCAAGGGAACUCUUGAGAACAUCUUUUAUAUCAACUAAAGUUUUAAAGCUUA